UUAAAUCGAAAACGUGAAAAACACCUCCAUUAGCAUUUGCGCGUUCAGCUCCACGGCGUGUGCAGACUCCACCCGGCUGUUGUUUUAUUUUUAUGAUUCUCAGCGUCACAUCCUCUUGGACGGAGGAAUGUAGAGACGGAGAGCUUUUAAAAAUAGCAUCCCCUCUCUGACAGCACUGUGGUGCGAGAAGCAGGAAGAUGGCUACAGACCUGGGAGAGCUGCUGGUCCCCUACAUGCCCACUAUUAGGGUUCCCAAAACAGGCGACAGGGUCUACAAGAGCGAGUGCGCCUUCUCCUUCGACUCCCCCGAGUCAGAGGGAGGUCUGUAUGUGUGCAUGAACACAUUCCUGGGAUUUGGACGAGAACAUGUGGAACGACAUUAUCGCAAAACCGGACAGAGUGUUUACAUGCAUCUCAAAAGACACGUCAAGGAAAAAGCCACGGGAGCCGCGGGGGGAGCCAUUCCUAGAAGAAGAAAUGGAAAAGUAUUCCUAGACUUGGAGCUAAACCGUGAUUUUAACGGAGAGGACUAUGAAUAUGAGGACGAGGCCAAGCUCGUAAUUUUCCCUGAUCACUACGAGAUUCCCUUACCAAAUAUUGAGGAGCUUCCUGCUCUGGUGACCAUCGCCUGUGAUGCAGUUCUCAACGCACCGUCAGCUUACAAGAAGCAGGAGCCAGAAUCCUGGGAGGAGGAGAUCCAGGUAUCCAGACAUGCAAGGAGCCUUCGGCAGCUUGACAAUGGAGUCAGAAUCCCACCCAGUGGCUGGAAGUGUCAGAAGUGUGAGAUGAGGGAGAACUUGUGGAUGAACCUGACGGACGGUGCUGUUUUCUGUGGGAAGUGGUUCUUUGAUGGGAGCGGAGGCAACGGCCAUGCUCUGGAUCACUUCAAAGAGACCAACUAUCCUCUUGCUGUUAAACUGGACACCAUCACCCCGGAUGGAGCAGACGUCUAUUCGUUUGAGGAAGAAGAAGCUGUACUGGACCCUCACAUAUCAGAACACUUGUCACACUUUGGCAUAGACAUGCUGCAGAUGCACAAACGGACAGAGAAUGGCCAUCACACAGAAAACAAUGCACGGCCGCGAGUCAGCGAGUGGGAGGUCAUCCAAGAGUCGGGCAUGAAGCUGAAAGCAGUUUUCGGUUCUGGUUACACAGGCAUUAAAAACCUGGGGAAUAGUUGCUACAUCAGCACAGUGAUGCAGGUUCUCUUCAGCAUCCCAGACUUCCAGAGGAUGUAUGUUGGAAAUCUUCAGAGGAUAUAUGACUAUUCACCUCUCGACCCAACCCAGGACUUUGCGACACAAAUGGCUAAGCUGGGACAUGGACUGCUCUCAGGCCAGUACUCUAAACCACCCAUGAAAUCUGAGCUCAUUGAACAGGUGAUGAAAGAAGAACACAAGGUGUUAAACUGGCACCAGCAGAAAGGCAUCUCCCCCAGAAUGCUGAAGGCCCUGGUGAGCCGAGGACACCCGGAGUUUUCCUCCAACAGGCAACAAGACGCGCAUGAAUUAUUUUUGCACAUAACCAACCUGGUGGAGAGGAACAGUGCAGGCUCUGAAAAUCCAAGUGAUGUCUUUCGCUUCCUGGUGGAGGAGCGCGUUCAGUGUUGCCAGACACGGCGGGUUCGAUACACCCAGCGGGUGGACUACUGCAUCCAGCUGCCAGCUCCGAUUGAGGCUGCCACCAACAGAGAGGAAAUUCUGGCCUUCGAGGCCAAGCGGAGAGAAGCUGAGGAGAACCAGAGAGCUCCCCCGGAGCCAGUCAGAGCACGAAUCCCCUUCACUGCUUGCCUGCAGGCUUUUACAGAGCCAGAGAAUGUUCCCAACUUCUGGAGCUCCGCACUACAAGCCAAGUCUGCUGGAGUGAAGACAUCUCGAUUUGCUUCAUUCCCAGAAUACCUUGUCAUCCAAAUAAAAAAAUUCACAUUUGGAGUGGACUGGGUGCCCAAAAAAUUAGAUUUGGCCAUAGAUGUCCCAGACUUCCUCGACCUGAACCGACUUCGAGCCACUGGACUGCAGGCUGGAGAAGAGGAGCUUCCUGAUCUGAUGCCCCCCAUCGUGCUCCCAGAAGACACCAGAGACAACUCCAUGAGCUCUUUAGAUUCUCCAGAAAUAGAUGAGGCGGCAGUAAUGCAGCUGGCGGAGAUGGGCUUUCCGCUGGAGGCCUGCAGGAAGGCCGUCUACUACACGGGCAACAUGGGUCCUGAGAUGGCCUUCAACUGGAUCAUAGCUCACAUGGAGGAGCCUGACUUUGCAGAACCUCUGAUGCUGCCCUCCAUGUUGGAUCCUGGUCCCUCCACCAGUGACGCCCCCAUGGGUGCGACACCACUGGACAACGCCCCCCCUGAGGAGAGCAUCUCCAUCCUCAUCUCAAUGGGCUUCCCUCGCACACACAGCAUCCAAGCCCUGAGAGCCACGAACAACAACCUGGAACGGGCCCUGGACUGGAUCUUCACCCACCCGGAGCAGGAGGAGAGUGACCCACUGUCAGACAUGGCCGACACGGAGCCGAACGACAACGCUUUCUCAAAUGCACACAACUCACACAGCGACUCGACACUGUCACCGGACAGGGAGACGACAGGGCCCCGGGUGAAAGACGGACCGGGACGGUACGAACUCUUCGCCUUCAUCAGCCACAUGGGAGCGUCCACCAUGUCUGGACACUACGUCUGUCACAUCAAAAAGGAGGGAAGGUGGGUGAUCUACAACGACCACAAAGUGUGUUUGUCAGAAAGACCUCCUAAAGACUUGGGCUACAUCUACUUCUACCAUCGACUGUCGAGCAGUUAAAGUCAUCUCCCAAAUCCUCCCCCCAAAUCUGCAACCUUUGAACAACCUCUGUCUUUCACCUGGAAGACGACAACAGCGGAAAUGAUGGAAACAACCUCUGCCACCAGCCGCUGGCCUCGUGGUGACAUCAUGGUGGAGCAAACUCUGGUGCGAGAGGGAGAGCGACGUGCUGCCUGUGCUUCUGUGUUUUGCUUGAAUGUAACAUUUCAACGGUGUUGUUUUUGUAAGACUUUCUCGACAGUGUUAGCGAAGAGGGCUGUGUGCAAUGUUUGGGAGCGCUGUGAUGAUUGUUCUCUGCCUUCACUUACUGUGCCAGUCGUCACACCAGUGGUGCAUUUUCAUAAAAAUGUAAAUUCAAAUAUCACUGAAGUCCCGCCAGUAUUCCACUGCCAGCACCUGACUCCCGCAGGAGACUUUGAAUAUUACUUUGGAACAAACAAAAAAGCAUUUCAGAAUAUAAUUUAUCUGUUAGUAAUUGAAAGCAUAGACUGAAUUUCAAGUCUUGUUUUGACUUUUGCAGAAGUAACAUAUGCAAGUGACAGACUACAUAAGCAGAUGAGCAGGAUUCUGUUUCAUCUAGACACAAGGAGCCCAUGGGUUUUAUUUAAAUGCGCUAGCAAUAUGAUUUCAAUUUGUGUUUUCCAAAAGCAUUUUUUUUUGGCUCCAAAAAUUCUGUUUCUGUUCAACAGAAGCAUGCAGCCGUAAUGUUUUCAAUCCAGUCAAACACAUACAUUUUUAAAAUUGCCAUCUGCUCAGCAAGAGUAGUGAGGCCGUCUAUCGUUGCAAACAUUGCAAAAUAUUUGCAACACACAGCCGACCCGGUUCGGUCUCUUGUCAUUUUGACAGAUUGAGAUUACGGCCCGACUCUCAGACUUACUGUAACACAUUGCGGUGUGAAAACUUUGUUAAAAGACAGCGAGUGUUAUACCUGCUCAUGAUUUCAUGGGCAAAACGUAGGAAAUUGGAUCCCUCCUGAAUCAUGGCACUUGAGCUUGACAGCCAGUCCGGACAAAUGUUGAGCUGAGCUGAAAGGAAACGCUGUGAAUUUACUGGUUAACCACUGUCCGACCCACACCUGUGUCAUGAGAUUUGGGAGAUAAACGUGAGGUCACAACUCCAAGAAAGGUGUGAGGAGUCUCUUAUAGAGAUAGGGAGAGAAGCUCCAGCAUCCAGGAGAGGCUCAGCGUUGAGCCACUGCUGGAGAAGUUGGCUCAUUUAGCUGAAAGUCCCCAGGUGAGCUGUUUCCUCAACUGCUCAAUGUUGACUCGACUAUGUCCGUGGUUUUCAUGGAGGCUUAUUGUCCCACUUAAAACAGCUGCUGCCAUGACCGGACCUUGAGUGAGUGGAAGAAAAUGGAUGAUUUUGAUCCAUUUAAAUCGCAAUAUUUAACACGGACGUCCAUGUUAUGCAAACAGAGUUUCCGAGCUGGGAAACUACUGGGCAACAAAAAGUAUUCAUGUAAAAACAGAACGUAUUUAUUAGCAAUGUCAAGUUCAUGUUCGGGUCACGAGUUGAUCCAAGACACGAAUGUUCCGCCACAAAACUUGUGAGGAUCUUUUUAGUAUUUUCUGUUUGCUCACGUUGUGUCUGAGAUGUCAACUAGUGAUAAAAGGUGACGGAAUUUUCUCAGUGAUGGAACAAACAUAUCAGCUCAUAACUACAGCUUGAGAUUAAUAAAAAGAUUGCAGGGUCAUCAGUGUAAACCGUGAACCUUCCUUUCAUAUCUGCAUCUGACCUUUUAUUUACUAUUUAAAGCAAUAUGCAAGACAACAAAACCUCUGUCAGAUAACAUGCUGCAGCUCUGGAAUGUUUUCACCCAUCGUGGGGUUGAAUGUACAACAAGGCGACACAUGUAAAUCAAUGCCUUUUUCUGUGCUCAUCCACGUAUCUACCUGUGCAGAGGAAUGUAUCUCAUCUCAAUUUGAACCUGGUUUUACUUUUUGACACUAUUUUUGCACAGUUGCGGUACGCAGGUUGAUGAUUGUGACCUUCAGUGGAGCUAAUAAAAGCAAAGUUCCAUUGUGAGAAGUUGUUUUCUGCCAGUUUUGAAUUCAAGUUUCAAACAUUUGUAUUUAAAUGUCAAGUCCUGGUCAGCCAGGGUCGUGAGCUACUGGAGAUAACCUGGUGAGAGGAACUGGAACAUCAUUUCAAGAGUCUGAUACAGCCUCUGGAACACUUUAAAAAAAGGUACCUAUUAUUGUGAUCACUUUAGACUCAGUGUAGAGCAUCAGAGAAUCCAAAACUGAAUGCAAGAGUCUGUAGCGUGAAUGUGUCUGACAAUUUCUUUCUCCGUUAUCGCAUAUAACAUCAGUCAUUUGUGGGCAACAAGCCUUCAAGUGACUUUAAACAGUUUGACCUGAUGUCCAGCAUCACUGAACGCCAGCUACCUUCCUACCUUCGCUGACCUUCUCAAUAAUAUACCAGCUCUAUGCAAGUUCUCUCAUCUCCUCAAAUUGAUCUUAAAAUGAAAGUCUCCUGAAUGUUUCUGACCUGCUGAAGUUAUUGUGAUGUUUUGUGAUCAAUGUCUUCUAAAUAUCAACUGCCUUUCAGCACCUUUGCGUCUGCUUUCUUUGCGCUGGUUUCCACUUCGUCUCUUCCAAAAGGCUUUUCUCCGGCAGCUUGAAGGUCACCACAGCUACCAGUUGUUUUGCUAACAUCAGAAAAUGUUCUUCACGUGUUUUUAUGAUGUUGCCUUUUGUUUUUUGGAAACAAGUUUGUGCCACUGCUGUAGGUUUGCUGGUCUAGUUUCCGAGAGGGAGCCGACUUUUGUAACGCUAUUCCAAAUAUGGCUUUGGUGAAUGUGAAUAGAGUCGGUACAUGGCACCGUUUACUUACUUACUUUGGGUAAUUUAAUAAAAUGACACCAACGUGAAUCAU